UCGCAAGGCACUGUAGUUGAGUACAGUCCUACUACACAGAAAAACAUAAGGUGCAUAGAGGAAACUUUCUCACACUAUGUGCAGGACAACAAUCCUGCCCCCAUGAGAAGGGCAGACAUACCACAUAGCUCAGCUGAAAUGACAGAAAGUGAGUGUCACGGCUGACUAGGUGUGUAGAUAGGAAUCAGGCGCAGAGAGCAAAGAGUUCCAGGGGAAAGAAGCACUUUAUUCCGGCACCAAAAGUAAAUGCCCAAACACACAGGGCGCAAAACACUGACCAACCCAAAACAACGGGUAACACGGUCCCGUUGGAGCACCAACGACACAAUCGUGAACACCAAAAUAAUCGCGCACAACAAAGGGGCGGGUUCCACACGCUAAAUAGGGAAGCAAAUCAAGAACACACAAAAUAGGAACAGGUGUAACUAAUGAGAAAAAACUAACUGAAAAGAAAAAGGGAUCGGUGGCGGCUAGUAGGCCGGUGACGACGACCGCCGUCAACACCUGAACAGGCGGGGGAGCCAACUUCGGCGGGAGUCGUGACAGAGAGUGAGGUUCAACAGGAUAAUUCCUCAGCUCCAAGGACAAAGGUGGUGUGAAUGAACCAUUGGAGUUGUUACCUGGUGAGCCAUAAUCUACAACAAUGACCCCUCAAGCUAAGAAAAAUAAGAAUAAUAGGAAAAAUGCCAAAAGUGAAGCUAGGGAAGUGGCUAUUAAGCCGAGUGACAAUCGGGACCAAAUAAAAACAGGAUAAGGGUCCCCGAAGGCAGUGCAACUCUCUGGGGAAUACAAUUGAAGAGUAAAGGGUAAAGGGUCAUGACAUGACUAUGUCAUGGAAAUAACUUUAUUCUCUCUAAUACCACCAUUAUAGAUGGAGACCAUCCUGAUACAAACCGCGGUGACACUAGUUUGUCCUGGAAAAUCAUUGUUGGUGUUGUUGCUGCUCUCCUGCUGGUCAUUGCUGGUCUAUUCUUAGUGUAUAAAUCUUGGAGAGACAAACAGUGCAACCAAGGCCACAGAGAUGUGGAAGCGGGUCAGGGCAUUCCAGAACCAAACUCCAUUCCUCUGAUGCAGAAUGAGCAACGUGAUGCCAGUGACCAAGGAGGUGAGCCAGGAGAGGAGAGCAGGCAGCCCAUGGACAAUGAAGAGACAGGCGCUGACAACCCUCUGCUGAAUGGAGAUGCCAGUGGCCAAGGAGAGGAAGGUCUUCUAGGAAUGGAGGAUGGAAAGCUGUCAGACAAUGACCGAGCAGACACUGAAAUCUGUCAGAAGACACAUGCUGAUUCCCAUCCACUGAAUGUACCCAAGGUUGUCAGCCAGACUGAUGACCCACAGCUUCUGGGUCAACCUCAGAGCAAUGGACACGUGCCAUAUAGAAGGGAAUCACACCUGACCAAUGGGGCUCCAGGUCAGGGUGCUGGUGAGACUUCACCCCUCCUCUGCAGAAGCCCAGGAGAGGAAGGCGUGCUAGAAGGGCAGGACAGGAAGUCAGCAGACAGUGGGGGAACAGACCCUGAAUCCUGUCAGAAGACACAUGCUGAACCCCCUCUAGUGAAUGGACACCAAGAUGUCAGGGUUAACGAUGAGACUAAGGAAGCGACUCCUGGUGCACAGAGUCCAGGACCUCCUCAGAUGAAUGGAGGUCCUCCCAUGUCUAACAGAGCUGCAGGGGAGACCACUGCUCUAUUGGACAAACAGGCCUUGGACAAGGACCAAGUCACCAAACCUCAUGAGUUAAUAGACCAAGGUCCUAAUGACAUGGAGUCAAGAGGAGAACUGUAACAAACGGUGGACGUUUGUAUAACAAAAGAAAACCUCAGAAGAUAAGAUACAUAUAUAUGAUAUACAGUACUUAUGAUAAGAUACAGUAAUAUAUGAGAUACAGUAAUAUAUGAGAUGCAGUACUUAUGAUAAGAUACACAUAUGUGACUAGCUUCAUCAUCGUCAGUCAUGCCAACCUCAAGACACAUUCUGAGCAGUGUUUUACUGCACAUUGAUUUUCAGAAACCUCAACAGUUUAUUCAGUUAAUUCUCUAUGUGACAGGUAUAAUGUGGAUAGGUUAGGAAACGCGUUUAAGUGAAAUCAGUUGAAAUUUCAAAACAGCCCAUUUACUUGUAGAUAACUAAAAUGAUUAUAAUCUGAAAAUGAGUGUGACUUAUGACUGAUUAUGAUACAGCAUGUCACAUAUUAGCUAUACAACAUUAUAAUGAUAUGAAAGGAUGGUAAGAUCAUACUUACACUAGUAUUGUAUACUAUACAUACAAGCAAAUAUAAAUGACAUACUCAUGAGAAGAUGCAUAAAACAUAAACCUCUUUAGUAGAGACAUUUCCAAGAUCAUGAGGUCUUAAUGUCUUGUGGACAUGUCAAAUAGCUAAACAUUGACCGGGCUUUAUUUCCGCUAUAUAUACACAAAUGUAUGUGGACACCCCUUCAAAUGAGUGGAUAUGUCUAUUUCAGCGACACCAUUGCUGACAGGUGUAUACAA